GUUGAGUAACUAAAACUUAAUUAACCCCCAAAGUCUUCAGAAGCUAUCUUCUUAGCCUUAUUGAGUCUUGUAGGUAGGUAAUAGUAACAUAACACUAACAAGAAGUAAGAAUAAGAGGAGUGUCACGUGCACAAAACACUUAGAAUGGUGCUUUAAUUUCUUGGUGGCCUUUGUGAAAAAUCUCAGGAGCUGAGGUAGAAACGGAUUCUUAGUUGCCCUGUGCCUGCUGAACCUCCUCUUUCUUGGACUGAUCAUGUCUUCUCACUCUGAUGCACCCACCAAGUCAAAGUCUUUUGAGUGCCCUCCUGAGCAGAAACCUUUGGCUGUGCUUGAAUAUCCAUUCUCACUUUUCAGCCUCAACCGAACUGAAAUGGACAAUGAAGGUGAUGAGGUUAAUUCUGUUGGACAAAGCUCAUCAUUGGACACAGUUGAAGUUGAAGGAUAUCAAGUAAGGCCGGAAUUGGAGUCCAUCGUAAGAAAAUUUAUCAUUAAGCAUGGAGACGUUUUUGAGAAUUGUACGGUAUCGACAAUGAUAUUCCGUUCAAUGUUAUUGGAGAUGAUAUGCGACAUUAUCUCAGACUUGCAAGACAAGAAUCUUUAUGAAAUCACAGAAAAUAAGCUACACAGAAUGAUUGGUCUUGCAAAUGAUAUGAAAGAUAUGAAAGUGAACAUUGAGUGGCUUCAAUUAAGACUGGAAGAGAUACUCGAGGCAAGGCAGAUUCUUAAUCAGUCUUCCAUGCUAAAAGAGAAAAAACAUAUCAGCAAAAAGAUCAUUGAAACUGUCAAGAGAGAAUUGGAAGAAUGCGUUGAAGAAAAAAAUGCAGUGGCAGCAAAGUUUCAAAUAUUAUGUGAUAAAGAGACUGCUUGCAAGGAGUCACUGGCUAGAGCAGAGGAUGAGUAUGCUAAGAUAUCUCAAACUUUCACAGAUGCUACAUCUAAAGUGAGACAAUUCGCUAAUUGCUCUUUAGCCAAUGGUUUGCUUUAGAUUUGCCAUUUCUUCUCCAGCUUUUUGCUUUCUCUCAUAAUUUGCGCAUUGAGCUUUAUCUUGAUGUAUCUAUACUUCAUAUGACACUUUCGAGUAGUACUACAAUUCUUUUAGACAAGCAAAAGUUUAUGUACUUUGGUUCUUGUGUCUGUACUUGGGUUCGGCACCCCUUGUGCCUUGUUUAUAUAUUUUUUCUUUGUUGGCUGAUCAAGAAAA